GGAAAGUGAAAAGUAUAAAUCAGCAAGAACACAGUCGUGUCUGGAACUGUCCCUCUGUCACUUGUGGAGAAAGGAAGAUUGUUUUUAGGAAUAACAUAUAACACAAUGACCCGACGUAACGUGCUUGCAGGACUUGGCCUUCUGCUGAUGGUGCAGAUUGCCUCCUCCACCAAACUGGUGUGUCACAUAACCAACUGGUCCCAGUACCGUCCCACUAGUGGAAAAUUCACACCUGACAAAAUUGACCCCUUUCUCUGCACCCACGUGAUCUACUCCCUGGCCACCAUCAACAGCUUCAACCAGAUCGCACCCAUUGAGUGGAAUGACGCGGACCUCUACAAGAGCCUGAAUAACCUUAAAAAUGUGAACCCAGUCAUGAAGACUUUGCUGUCUGUUGGAGGGACAGUAAACGGACUCAGCCCAUUCAUCGGCAUGGUGUCCAGGCCCGAGAGCCGCCAGGCCUUCAUCAAGUCGGCAAUCAGCUACCUGCGUUCCCACGGCUUUGACGGUCUUAACCUGGCCUGGGAGUUCCCCACUCAAAAUGGCAGCCCGGAUGGAGACAGGGAAAGAUUCACCCUACUCACCAGCGAGCUACAGAAGGCCUUUCAGGAUGACGCUAAAGACACUAGGCUGACCCAGCUGUUGCUAUCUGCCAGCGUAGCUGCUCUGCGGCCCACCAUCAACUCCAGCUAUGAUGUGGCCCAGAUCAGCAGCUCUCUGGACUUCCUUAACGUGAUGACCUAUGACUUCCACGGUCACUGGGAGAAAGCCACAGGACACAACAGCCCGCUGUUCCGCAGCAGCCAUGACUCAGGGACACACUACCACUUCAACGUUGACUCUGCCAUCACCUACUGGCUGGACAAUGGUGCCCCCGCUGAGAAGCUGCUCAUGACCUUCCCCACCUUCGGUCGUACCUUCCGCCUCACCACCUCCAACACCGGCCUGGGAGCUCCUUCCAAUGGCCCUGCUGAUGCUGGCCCCUUCACCCGUGACGCAGGGUACUGGUCCUUCUACGAGGUCUGCACCUUCACCUCCAGUGCCACCGUUGAAUGGAUUGAAGAACAGAAGGUCCCCUAUGCUGUACAGGGCAACUCAUGGGUGGGCUACGACAACGAGGAGAGCUUUACUGCCAAGGUCCAGUGGCUGAGGUCCAAAAACCUGGGAGGAGCAUCUGUGUGGACGCUGGACAUGGAUGACUUCACUGGGGAUUUCUGUGCUGAUGGCUCCUACCCUCUUGUCAACCACCUCCGCAACUCUCUGGGUUUCCCCCCAAAGCCCACCACCACUAAGGCCCCCACCACCACUCCUGAUCCCAUCCUCAGCUUCUGCGUUGGACGCCCAGAUGGCCUGUACGUCAAUGUCUUGGACAACACCACCUACUUCCAGUGUUUCCGUGGCAACACCUACCUGCAGAGAUGCCAGUCUGGUCUGGUCUAUGUGGAUGAAUGCAAGUGCUGCACCUGGCCCUGAUUAGUUCUGAAGGGUCAAUUAGUAAGAAAGAAAAAAAAACAGCAUUCACCUACACCCUAACAUCUUGUCCUGAAUGCAAAUGGGAAAGUGGACAAUUGGUCAUGAAUAGGCUUAUUUGUUCUUUCCAAUUUGACCACUAAUGACUUCAUCAAUAUAAAAGAGUGUCGUAAUAUUUCAAUCUCUCCUGUUUUUCUUUGCAUUCAAAUCUGUCAGUGCACUGCAGCACAUACAUGAUAAUGUCUGCUUGUAAUUUCUAUUAGCUUUUAUAAAACUGCAUAAUAUAAAACCAAUGGUCUCUCUCCUCCCCGCAAAUUCAA